CUUUCCAGCCCCUUCUCUCUCCUUCCGCUUUUGUCUCUGCCGAAAUCCAUAAAUCUCUUUCUCUCUCUGAAUAUUUAAUCGUCACUUGACCGCCGGUAAGAAGAAACUCGAAAGUUUCAAUCGUUUUCUAACCUUUGCCGGAGAUUAUUGACCAUCGAAAUCGAAGCAGUUGUAGAGCAGUGACAGCUGAGCAAGAAAGGCGGCGGAGAAAAAAGCAAGUAGAGAAGUCGAGAGAGAAAAGAAAAAACAAAGUAGGUGUUGAUGAUGAUGAUGAUGAUGAUUACACAAAUUCGUAUAGGGUUUUAUAAUCGACGGUGUUCGCUGUUCGUGAACUCUUUAUUGGAGUAAGUAAAAGCUUCAGAGAGAUUGUUGUGUGUAUUUGUCCUUUUUUGGUUCUGUUUUUGGGUGGUUGUGAUGGGGAAAGUGGCGGUUGCGUUUGCGGCGGUGGCGGUUGUGGCGGCUUGUUCUGUUGCGGCGGUGAUGGUUGGGAGGAGGAUGAAGAGUCGGAGGAAAUGGAGGACUGUGGUUGAGAUUUUGAAAGAGUUGGAGGAUGAUUGUGAUACUCCGGUUGGGAGGUUGAGGCAAGUGGUUGAUGCUAUGGCGGUGGAGAUGCACGCUGGAUUGGCUUCUGAAGGAGGCUCUAAGCUUAAAAUGCUCCUCACUUUCGUCGAUGAUUUGCCCACUGGGAGGGAGAAAGGUACUUAUUAUGCACUUCAUCUUGGAGGCACGUAUUUUAGGAUUUUAAGAGUUCAUCUGGGUGGUCAAAGGUCUUAUCUAGAUGUUCAAGAUGUCGAAAGACACCCAAUACCUUCACAUUUGAUGAAUAGCACCAGCGAGGUUCUUUUCAACUUUCUCGCUUUUUCCUUGGAAAGGUUUAUUGAAAAGGAGGGAAACGGGUCCAAUUCACAAGGUGUUAGAAGGGAACUUGCAUUUACGUUUUCAUUCCCUGUCAAGCAUACUUCUAUUUCUUCAGGAGUUCUAAUCAAAUGGACCAAAGGUUUUGAGAUUAGUGAAAUGGUUGGACAAGAUAUAGCUGAAUGUCUACAAGGAGCGCUUAACAGAAGAGGCCUAGAUAUGCACGUUGGGGCUCUUGUGAAUGAUACUGUGGGAGCCUUGUCGCUUGGAUAUUAUCAUGAUCCAGACACAGUUGUUGCGGUUGUGUUUGGAACAGGUAGUAAUGCAUGUUACUUGGAACGAACCGAUGCCAUAAUUAAGUGUCAGGGUCUGCUUACAACUUCUGGGAGCAUGGUGGUCAAUAUGGAGUGGGGAAAUUUUUGGUCCUCACAUUUGCCUAGAACUUCCUAUGACAUUGACUUGGAUGCAGAGAGUUCAAAUGCAAAUGAUAUGGGAUUUGAGAAGAUGAUAUCAGGAAUGUAUCUGGGUGACAUUGUUCGUAGAGUAAUUCUUCGCAUGUCACAAGAGUCCGAUAUCUUUGGACCCAUCUCGCCUGUGUUAUCUGAGCCUUACGUUCUAAGAACAAAUUCAGUCUCAGCCAUGCAUGAAGAUGACACACCUGAGUUACAAGAAGUAGCAAGAAUCUUGAAAGACUUGGGGGUAUCAGAUUUACCAGUGAAGGUGAGAAAACUAGUGGUGAAAAUAUGCGACGUGGUUACAAGAAGAGCAGGGAGGCUAGCAGCAGCAGGAAUCGCAGGAAUCUUGAAGAAGAUAGGCCGAGAUGGAAGCGGAGGGAUCACGAGCGGGAGAAGCAGAAGCGAAAUCCAGAUGCAGAAAAGAACAGUUGUUGCAGUAGAAGGAGGUUUGUACAUGAAUUACACCAUGUUUAGGGAAUACAUGGAAGAAGCUCUCGUUGAGAUAUUAGGAGAUGAAGUGAGUCAAUACGUGGUGGUUAAAGCCAUGGAAGAUGGUUCUAGCAUUGGCUCUGCUCUCCUAGUUGCCUCUUUACAGUCAUGAAUCAUCGUCGUCGUCGUUGGUAUUAAUGGUUUAUAUAAUUGGUUAUGUUCGUCCUUGUGUGUGUAAAUAAAUUAUUCAAUAUUUGUUUGUUGUUAAUUAUUAUUAUAUUGUGUAAAUGUUUAGGAAAUUUUUAUAUAUUCUUUGUUUCUUCUACUAUUCUUAUGAUGGUGUUUUGGGAAAUAGGUAUUGGUUUUUUAAGAAAAUGAUUUACACUAUGUAAAGGUGAUGAUGCUAUAUAGAAUGUCAAUUUCC